AUGGAACGACCCUCGUCAAGAUGGCAGAUAAUGCCGGACGGGAAGACGUUCUAUAAACGACAGCAACUCUACGCGAUUCCCGGCAAGCUGCCCAACCUCAGUGACUACAUCGUGGCCGGAUGCCGCUAUGGUGGUCCUAUAGGUGAUUCAUCUCAAUGCGUGCCCCGCAGAGAGUUCACCAACGGCUUUACAGCACUCAUGCGCGACCAUACGAAGCUCGUGGCGCUUGGCCGGACGGGACCUAUCAGCACGAAAGCACAAGUCCAAAUAUACUCCCCUGCCGGCGAUGGAUUAUUACUCUUCACUUGGGACCAAGGAAAAAUCAUACGUUUCGGCUGGACGGCGGACGAGCGACUUGCAAUUCUCAAUGAAGAGGGCAUAUACCGAUUGUACGACCUACAAGGCGACUACCAGCAAUACUCACUGGGCAGCGAAGCUGGAGAGAUGGGUGUCAUUGACGCGCGGAUUCACGAUAACGGACUUGUUGCGCUGACUGGCUCGUUAAUGUUGUUGGAGGUCAAGGGUUGGGAGGGAGCUCGUCCUCUGACUCUGGCUAACCCUGGUCUCUCACAACCACCCAAUUCUUGGGCUGUCAUACCUCCCGACUUGAACAUUUCCCGACACGUCGAAGUCCUGCUUUCUGUCGACUCCACAAUCUUCAGCGUCGAUAACCUCGAAAGCGUAGACCAGCGCCUUUCCCAUGGUCCUUUUACACAUAUAUCUCCCGCUCCCAACGGCAAAUCCCUUGCCUUGCUGAACUUCAACGGAACACUGCUUGUUAUCUCAACCGAUUUCCAGCGCACGCUGGCCGAGUUCAAGACAAAGGAUGUGGUCGGGGCCCAAGGUCCUGUCCGUCAGGUUGAGUGGUGUGGCAUUGACGCGAUCUUGGUUACUUGGGACAAUAUGGUUGUGGUUGUUGGACCAUUUGGAGAUACCCUCGAAUACUACUAUACCGGACCCACUUUUGCUGUUACUGAACCUGACGGCGUUCGUGUCAUUGGGCCUGAAGUCUGCGACUUGAUUCAAAAAGUCCCGUCUGCUUCUACGUCCAUAUUCCGACCUGGAUCGACUUCUGCUUCAGCCAUUCUUUACGACGCAUGGGAAAGCUUCUCGCAACGGUCUCCCAAAGCUGACGAGAAUAUCCGGAGUAUCCGUCCAGAGCUCGCCUCAGCAGUUGACGAAUGCAUCGAAGCUGCUGGUCAGGAAUGGGAGCCCUAUUGGCAACGGCGGCUUCUCAACGCUGCCAAAUUCGGUCGAGGCUUUCUCGAUCUUCACAAUCCCACCGACUUUAUUAACAUGGGACAGACUCUGAAAGUGCUGAAUGCUGUGCGAUUCUUCGAGAUAGGGAUUCCUCUCACAUAUCUACAAUACAUCUAUGCGUCUCCGUCACAUCUAAUUACUCGACUCACAGCAAGAAACAUGCACCUUCUCGCGCUCCGAAUAUCCACGUACUUGUCCAUGAAACCUCACGCAGUCCUUAGACAUUGGGCUUCUGCUAAGAUCAUGCGUUCGCGGCCUUCGGCGACUGGCACUGGCGGGGAUGGGGACCUUGGUAGCGGUGAUGAGGAGGUUUGCAGAAUGAUUGUCGAGAAGUUUGAACAACUGGGCGGUGGCGAUGUUUCCUACGCCGAGAUCGCGAAGCGGGCUUGGGAAGUUGGUCGAGGGGGCCUUGCUACCAAGUUGUUGGAUCACGAGCCCAGGGCGUCAGACCAAGUUCCGCUUCUUCUGAGUAUGAAGGAGGAUCGACUUGCUCUCAUCAAAGCUGUCGAUAGUGGAGACACUGAUUUAGUAUAUCAUGUUCUCCUGCAUCUCCACAAGCGUCUCCCGCUGGGCACUUUCUUCCGGCUCAUCGAAGACGGCGGCUCGCAACUAGCACCUGCAAGUAGACUGCUUCAGGUUUAUGCGCGCGAACAAAAUAGGACGAUGUUGCGUGACUUUUUCUACUCGGAUGAUAGGCGUGUAGAAAGCGCUGUCCUAUCGCUGGACGAAGCAGCGACCAUGCAGGAUCCUACAGCAAAGAUUGACGCGGUACGCGCAGCUCAGAAGUUCUUUUCCGAGGACAAGGAUCGGAAUUUUGAAUCCAAGAUGAUGGAUGAAAGUGCGCGGCUACUCGCGCUGCAACAACAGCUCGAGAAGGAGGCUGACGGCAAGGUCGCGUUCUUUGGGUUGAGCAUCAACGAAACAAUCCGGGCCUGUGUCACCAACAACCUCGCCAAGCGGGCUGAUAAGAUCAAAACGGACUUUAAGGUGCCCGACAAGCGAUUCUGGUAUGUCAAGAUGCAGGCGCUGGUAGCGGUCGGCGACUUUGAUGGUCUAGACGCCUUCGCCAAGUCGAAACGCAGUCCGAUUGGCUAUGAGCCAUUUGUUCGUGCGCUCGUGGACGCGGGUCAUCCGAAGGAAGCAAUACCGUUUGUGGGCCGAUGUGAUUCGCCAAAACGUGCAGAUCUGUAUGUUGAAUGCGGAGACUGGCGACUAGCAGGGAAGGAGUGUAAAGAGCGGGGGGACAAGGCUAAGCUGGAAGCGAUCCGCCAAAAGUGCCCCAACUCUUUGAUUGCUCGCGAGUUGGACCAGUUAUUAAGUUCAAUGAAGUAG